UGAGCUGAGUGGAGCUGAGCGCACUGCUGAUGGUUGGCUGAUGCUACUGAACAAGUGAGCACUCUGGUCCCUCCGAUCUCGACUGCUGAGUGGCACAUUAGCGAUAAUAUCGAUAGUGACCAAAUGACAGAUGAGUGUGUAUGUACGCAUAUACUACAGUUCAAGUUGUGUCACGGUUGAUCCUAGUUGAGCUGGUUGAGCUGGUUGAGCUGGUUGAGCUGGUUGAGCUGUAAGACCCUAGUAAACAGAUCUCUAAUUUCGGCGGUAUCGUUGAUGGAAUGGGACCUCCACCCGUAGUUACCGGAAUUUCGCCCAAGGAAGGCCCACCUGGCACUCGGGUAAUAGUGCGUGGCGAAUUUUUAGGAACUAAAGCUCAGGAUCUCGUAGGGCUGACAAUAUGUGGAUGCGACUGUUUGCUUUCGGCCGAAUGGAAGUCGUCGAACAAAAUUAUAGCGAGAUCGGGACCUUGCAAAGGUCGCGGAGAUAUAAUAGUGACGACUCGAAGUGGAGGACAGGGGACCUCGACGGUACAAUUUCGCGGUUACCACGAAACUAUAGGCCCUAUGAAGGAAUCGGCAGUGUGGGUAGAGGAAGCACCUAUGCAGAGUUUAGGCUGGGGUAGAAGGGCAUUGUCACCUACAAAUUAUCAACAGGAAGAUCCUUUAGGACUCAGUGUGGAAGGCAAUGACAAAAAGUUUCCCGAGGAUGAGCUGAUUGAACUUUUUGGAGAUGGAAGUGGAGAUCUUACGAGCGAAAAAUUUCAUCCAGGAUGGUUUUUAUUGCAGCAUCAUCAUGCCACAACUUUGGAAGAUUUAAAGGCUGGUUUAGCUUACCUUCGAAGAAAAGUCAACUCCCAAAAGGAGGGGCAACUGUCAUUUUUAAAGGCCAAUGUAGGAGCGGUAAUGGAACAACUUGACACAAUAAUGUCGUUGAAGGAUCAAUUUGAAGCAGACGUGAAGAGUUACGGAAGCGAUCCCACAGAGAAAUUGGAAACAGCCAUUAAGCAGUCCAUGUCCGAGGCCAAUAAAUUGUUCGAUGAUGUAUUAGCAAGGAGAGACAGGGCUGAUGCCACUCGUAAUGCGUUGGCUGUUAUGCAACGUUACAAAUUUCUCUUUUGUAUGCCAAUAAACAUCGAGAGAAACAUCAAACGUGGCAAUUAUGAUCUCGUAAUUAACGAUUAUGCCAGAGUUAAGAAUCUGUUUAAAAAUACAGAGAUAGAUGUUUUUAAAAAGGUAUUGGAGGAAAUUGACAGUAGAAUCUGUAAUUUUAAAAUGUUGUUGCGAACGAAAUUACAAGAGAUGCCAUUUAGUUUAGAGGAGCGUAAAAAGAUUAUUAGAAAUCUUGUCAAUCUUGAUGCCGAAGGAGAUCCAGCAUGGGAUGCGAUAGUUUCACAAGCAAAUUAUUUAGAAAAAAGCGUUGCCAAUGCUGUAUACGAGAAUUUAGACGGAAUUAAAAUUAAUUGCGAAGACACAAGCAAAAUGUCCAAGUCCACGCCGAUAAGUAUUAAGCAUUUGCGCUCACAGAAGAAUAACGGAGAUAAUUCACCUCCGCAAAUCUCGUGUGUUGAAGCUAUUUGCGAUAUCGUGGUCGAACAGUUACCUGAUCUGUGGAGAUUGGGACAGAGUUAUUUCACUGGGCAGUUACAUGUAGCAGUAGACGUGGAAAAGCAAAGUCACUUUAAAAAUUUAGUUUUAUCGAAUAUGCAACAUGCUAUGGGAGCUAUGAAGAAUAUGUGCAGUCACGAUAUAGAGGCAAGAUGGCUUUUGCAUAUCUUACGUUGCGUUAGACAAAUGUACGCAUCUUUAAUACACCUGGAUUUGCCUAGCGAAGCUCUCGAUAUUUUUGGAUCGUUUAUACUGGAUUUAAGGAUACAAUGUUUGGGUGCUCUCUUCAAGCAAGGAACGGACAAUAUAACAGCUCUGAGUCAAAGAGAAACGUGGCAGAUAGAAUACUUGAACGAGGACGGUGGUGUUACAAGACUGCCGUAUCUGUUUGAAGAAAUAGUUUUGACAAUAUCGAGAUACGCGCGAGAAACGGUAGUUGCUUGCGGUCCAAGAGAAGGGCCACUAUUCAAUAAUCCGGCUCAUCAGAUCCUCUAUCACAAUACUAUUAAGACAUUAUUCGUAUCAUUCGCGCGAUGCUUACAACAAUUGGCAUUUAGUGGCUGCGAGGAAGCUAUGGAUAACGAUGAAACGUCGGUUUCGCAAUUAAUCGGUUCGCCUUCUGGUUAUAAGCACAAAACCAAUAAGCAUCAAGGACCGACGUGGGAGCAGUGCCUCUUAAUUUCGUUGAGCAAUAUACGGUACACCCUUAAUAUCGUUUUACCAAGAAUUGGAGAUGCCCUGAAAGCGCAAGGCUAUCCGGAAUUAUCUACCGCGGUUGGAUGGAACUCGGAUUGGACGCAAUUGGAGACAUUGGAUAGCGCCGUUCUGGAUGCGUAUCUCGAACGUCGUUGUGAUCCUCUCGUCGGUACGAUAGAACCUAGCAUGUAUCUAGGAGGUUUGGAAUGGGAUUUUGAUACAGAACCGACUCAUCUGAAGCCAUAUGCUCAAGAAAUAUUGGCGAAUCUAAUCGCAGUACACGCGGAGGUGCGUAGAGUUGCACCGGCUCUGUUACAACGGAUCUUGUCCCAUAUUAUAGAAACCAUAGCGGAGGAACUCGCGCGACUCAUGUCGUGUGUGACGCAAUUUCGUCCGGCCGGAAUCAUUCAAGCUCGAACGGAUAUAAUACUCUUGAGAAACGCUUUGCAAACUUAUAGCACAAGCAGAGCGAGAAGCUUUUUCGAGGAAGCUCUGGAGGCGAUACCUCAGCCCGCGAACAAGGAAGAUCGCAUGAGAAUAGAUGCUCUUUUGUCAAAAGUCGUAACAUGCAUGCGAUUACAACUAUCGUGUCUUGCCAGUGAGGUAACGGAUGUUCGUUAUUUAAUGGCGGACCCCGAACGCGUUACCACUGUGUAAUUUAUAAUGAUCAUAGCAGUAUGUAAUUCACUCUCCAGGGGUGUUGUAAUUAUUAAAUUAUUAAAAAUUCUAUUAUAUUGUA